AUGGUUUGCAUAUUGGGAAUUGAAAGCAGUGCUAAUAAAGUUGGUGUUGGGAUUAUUCGUGAUGGCGAGGUAUUAUCAAACCCUCGGGCUACUUACCAUGCUCCAUUUGGUCAAGGAUUUCGACCACCCGAAACAGCAGCACAUCAUAGACAGAAUAUUGUUCGUAUUGUUAUUGAUGCUUUACAACAAGCAAAUAUUAAGGAUCCACAAAAUGAAAUUGAUGGAAUUGCUUACACAAAAGGACCAGGAAUGGGUGCUCCACUGCAAGUUGGUGCAACCGUAGCGCGUACAUUGUCGCAGUUGUGGUCAGUCCCACUUUAUCCAGUGAAUCACUGUAUCGGUCAUAUUGAAAUGGGACGUCUUAUCACGAAAGCGGAGAAUCCAGUGGUGCUGUAUGUUAGUGGAGGUAAUACACAGGUCAUCAGUUAUUCUAAUCAACGCUACAGAAUAUUUGGUGAAACAUUAGAUAUUGCUGUUGGUAAUUGCUUGGAUAGAUUUGCGCGAUUAGUGGAACUGCCAAAUGAUCCGUUUCCGGCUUACAAUCUGGAACAGCUUGCUUUGGAAGGGAAGAAACUUAUUGCUCUACCAUAUACAGUUAAAGGAAUGGAUUUAUCACUUUCCGGCAUGCUUUCCUAUGUCGAACGUAAAGGUUUGCAAAUGAUUCGAGCUGGUGAAUGUACUGCAGCUGAUCUUUGUUUUUCUUUGCAGGAAACAAUAUUUGCUAUGCUAGUGGAAAUCACAGAAAGAGCAAUGGCACAUUGUGGUAGUAACGAAGUAUUAGUCGUUGGUGGUGUUGGUUCCAAUAGGCGUCUCCAAACGAUGAUGUCAAUUAUGGCCGAACAACGGGGUGCGAAAUUGUUCGCGACAGAUGAAAGAUUUUGUAUUGAUAACGGUGCGAUGAUUGCCCAGGUUGGCUGGCAUAUGGCAAAUGCUAAAAUGAUAAUUGCUCUUGAAGAGUGUAGCACUACGCAGCGUUUUCGUACUGAUCAAGUUGAUGUCGUUUGGCGCAACUGA